AUGCCUGCCGAGUCCAACGUUGUGUCCCAGCCCGCCGCACAGAAGUCGAUGGUCGCCAGCAAGCCCGCCGAGUCCAAGGCCAGCGAGCAGGAGCAGACCACCAAGCCCCUCCGUCUCCGUGGCGGUCUCGGACCCUGCUGCGCCAUGAUCGACGCUUGCCUCUGCUGCUGUGCCCUCGAGGAAUGCUGCUGCUGUGGUAUUGCCGAAUGCUGUUAA